GGUGCGUGGUCCCUUGCCGUUUUGCGGUGGGUCGCGGGCGGCCGGGCCGGGAGCUCCGGAGGUGGUGGCGGUCUCCCCUCCCCCAGCUGAGGCGCUUCUCUCCCCGCAGGUGCGGCCAUGGCGGACUCCACACAGAACGGGCCCAUGCAAGGCGGGGCCGGUGGCGGAGCCGUGCAAUUUCUGAUGGCUAACAAGUUGGAUACAGCAAUGUGGAUUUCCCGCUUGUUCACAGUUUACUGCUCAGCUUUAUUUGUCCUGCCUCUUCUGGGGUUGCAUGAAGCAGCAAGCUUUUAUCAGCGUGCCUUGCUGGCAAAUGCUCUUACUAGUGCCCUCCGACUACACCAAAGGCUACCGCACUUUCAGCUUAGCAGGGCGUUCCUGGCCCAGGCUUUGCUGGAGGACAGCUGCCACUACCUGUUGUACUCUCUUAUCUUUGUGAAUUCCUACCCUGUUACAAUGAGUAUUUUUCCUGUUCUGCUGUUCUCUUUGCUUCAUGCUGCCACAUAUACAAAGAAGGUUCUUGAUGCACGAAGUUCAAACAGUCUGCCCUUUCUGAGAAAUCUUUUGGAGAAACUGAAUGCUAAUCAACAGAAUAUUCUAAAAUUCAUUGCUUGCAAUGAAAUUUUCCUGAUGCCAGCUACAGUUUUUAUGCUCUUCAGUGGGCAAGGGAGUCUGCUCCAGCCAUUCAUUUACUAUAGAUUUCUUACAUUACGCUACUCGUCUCGGCGAAAUCCAUACUGUCGGACUCUCUUCACUGAGCUGAGGAUUGUUGUUGAACACUUAAUAAUGAAGCCCUCAUGCCCUGUUUUUGUAAGAAGACUAUGCCUCAGCAGCAUUUCCUUUAUAAGCAGAUUGGCACCAACUGUUGCAUAGCCAAAUUUCAGGCACUUGUGUUUUGUGAACAUUAUGAGCAGCUGGCACUUCUGCUGAUGACUAUAAAUUCCUGGUUUUACACUGAUCUCACUCCAGGCUGUAUAAAAAUGUGUAUAUGCUUUUCUUGGAGAUAAUAUGAAAUUUAGCAUAUCAAAAGCAAGUCAUGGAAACUUAAAAUUACUGUGCUGUAUUGCUAAUUGGUGGAAAAAAAAGUAGCUGCAUCCUAUCCAAAACAUGCCCAGUCAUACAGAAUUGGUUUUUUAGGAAUCGAGGACUGUUUGAGGUUGAUUAAAACUUUAAGAAGUCUGUGCUCAGUAGGUUUAUGUUAGUUGGAACUAUAGCUCCUGUAGGAUGUCUCUAGUGGAUAGCAAUUGGUACACAUACCUAUGCAGUACACUUUGGACAGUAUUCUCCUGCUCACUAAAUGUAUCUGUAGAACCAUUUUGUCUAAAUUACUAUAUUCAAUGUAAAAAUAUGGCCCACUUAGAUUUUAAUCCCUUUUGUUAAAUUCAAUCAAGCUGACAUAGUUAACACCUUUUCUCAAGGAGAGGCUAUUUUUAUUAAUACGAUUUAAAAAGAACUCUUCCAAGUUUCUACCUUGUGACAUAGUCUUAUGUUAUGUUGUUGGAAGAAAUCUCAAGACUCUGAUCAUGGAAAACUCUGUGCAGUUGUCUUGUCAUAACAAGAUGUUUUACCAAGCCAAAUUGCUGACCUGUAGGCUUUUCAGACAAAGAUGCAAUGCUUAAACUUUUAACCACCUCUUAAGUGAACUAAUCAAUGUAAACGAAGUAACUUUUGUAGAAUCAUUGCAGAUUUGUUCUUGUGUCCACAUAAAUGUGAGACUGCAGUAAUUCAAGCAUGUCAGCUUUUUAGAAAAUUAAUCUGUAGCUAGCUCUAUAUAAAUUGUUAUUCCAGUUUCUGAGACUCUCAUUGUGAUGGGAAAUUUGCGUAAAGGAUUGCACCUGUUUAGGCAGCUUCUGAAACAAAUGGGUGUAGGAUUUUUUGGCAUAAAUCCAUCUGACUGAUCUGAAGCUAGUGUCAUGACUACAGAAGUGAAUAUUAAAUUGAGUGCUGAUUAUGCAUUCACCCAGCAGCUGAAAGGUAGGUCGUGGAAAAAGAAUAUUAUCUGUCUGAACACAACUUCUUUCCGUAAAUUCAGGGCAAACUAUUUGCGUAAUCUUCUGUGGUUAAUGUUAGUAUUCUAAUUGCAUAAAAUUAAAUGGGUUUCAUUGGCCUUUUGUAAACUUCUGUAAGCAUAGUACUUAACUAUUCUUCCUUGGUCAGAGAAAUCUUAUGUGAAACACUUUCGAAAACAGUCUUGAAGCAAAGUAUUUUCCUGUAACUAUUGAGUUAUCUUGUCUGUGAUGCGGAUAUCAUUCAGACUUGCCAGUUGUAUUAGUUUGUUAGAUCAGAGCCAUGUAUUUAUAAACUUAAUUCAUUUUUUGCUCAACCUCUUGGUACUUAUGACCAAUUGGUAAUUCAAUAUGAUAUUCUUUGACUACUAGUCUUGCUCUCUGAACAUGAUUAGCUAUUUAUAGAACACUUCCACACUGCAGAAGCAACUGCAUGCAGUAAUGCUGUACAGCUGCUAAAGACUUGCAAUGAGAUUCACUAUAUGUAUAUCCUGUAAUUUGAGGAUUUUAUAAAAACUAAAAUUUCUACUGCAAUAAAAGGAGUGUUAAAUGUAAUUUGCUAGGCUCUUCAAGCUUAUUUUCUCUCUAACAGAACAUACUGAUGCUUGAACCUGGAAGUUGAGCAGAAUGCUGUCCUGUGUGUAUGUGUGCAUGUUCUUAUAUCCCACUGCUGCUUCUGAAUUGGGACAUAAUGUCUUGUGCAUUUCUAAAUUGUUUUUUAGGUAAUCUUUGCUUUCUAAGGUGCAAAAAUUUAUGACCCUUUCCUUCAAAAUUUAACCCAAGAAUAAGCACUGCAACAACAGUUAUCUAAUCAGAGGAGAAAUCUAGACCUACUUACAACCUGUUCAAUUCUUCAGCACUAUUCUAGACCCUCUUUCAUGUUAUGUGGUGUAUUUUUCGAGCGGUGAUAUCAGAUUCUGUUCAGCUCUUUGCACCACUGUGAUUUAAUAUUUAAUUUGGCCAUCUAAAUUCCUCUUGCAUACUGGGAGUAGAAGGCAAAUAAAUACUUAUGUAAUUACUGUAAGCAAAAAUAACAUAUUACUUCUGAGAAUUUUUGUGGCCUAAGACUGCUGUUAUGGGUGCAGUCUACUGUUCCUUUAAUUGUAUGCUGUUGCUAAAUUAGAGAUGAGUCUAAAUUGGAUCUGAUGUAUUGCAACUAACUGAAGGAUGCUGUCUUGAGAUCCAACUCUGUGAAUGGAUGAGGAAGAUCAAAAGGAGUGAGUGAGAUGUCAGUAAGUAGGGAGUUGGAAGAUAGUGCCAUGAAGUAGAGCUUUUAUGUUGGUACUGAAUUUCUUGUUAACUCCUUCUAUUAAGUCUUAAAAAUAGAUCAAGAGGAGGAAGAUGUUUCAUAAACGGGAUUUGAUUUGGCUAGUAGUAUAUUCUUGGCUUUGCAAGGAGUUGCUUGACAGAUGAGGCCUGGAUUUUACUUGUGGCCUGGUAAAACUUACCUCUCUGAUGUGCCAAGAAAACAUGGAACAAUGGGGUAAGGAUAACUUCGAAGCCAAAUAAAUAAGGCAACUGACCUGCACUCUGCAUCAACUUUUUUUUUUUUUUUUACUGCAGCCUUUAGGUUGCCUAAGUGAUAACACCGAGUCUCCUCAAUGCUGGCAAAAUCAUUUUGUCCUUGUGCCUGCUUCCUUACCACAGUUUGUGACUGUUUCUAUACUAACAAACACAUGAAAUGCUGGUUGUGUCCUGAUACCCUGAGAUUUUUCUGGUGAAAAGAACUGUAUGUUCAUGCUGCUGUGCUGUCAACAGCUAGUGGUGAUGCAGAGGCUGUAACAGAAGUCUGUCGUAGUAGAGAAGUUUUGCAGCUGACCAUAAAACACCUGCCAACCCCCAAUGUGAAGCAGAAGAGUCUUUGUCCUACUGAAAGGUUGUCUACCUAAUGUGGUAGUUGUUUCCACUGGUAUACAUCACAGUGGUGAUUGUUUUCAUCAUCUUAGCUUUCAUAAGUUAAAGUGCUGUUGCACAGAUUCUGUGGGUAGACCUACCCCUUGCUGUCCACAAGCUUGCUGUAGAAGUGAUGCUCCAGUGUAAGACUGGUCUGUUCUCACCUGUAGAUAAAUAAAGUGUCAGGACCCACUGGGUCUGUUGGAGUAGCUAAUGCCAGUUGAGGUUUCUUACACAGUAAUUCACUAAAGCAUCCAUCCUUUCCUUUAUUGUCUUUAACUUUAUACUUUUAUUGUCAUUUUUGUCCUGUCAGUUUUAUGUUUUGCUCUCUUCUUUGAUGGAUGUUCAAGGGGAGCAAUAUCUGUCAAUAUUUUAAGUUACAUGUUUUAAGGAUUUUUUUAAUAUAUUAUAAUUAUGAGCCACUAUUCCAACAGUUUUUGAGCUGCUAACUAUAUAUGUGAUAGUACUGUUCCAAACAAAUAACGUAGCUGGUGAUUUUGUACAGUCUGUGUUGGACCUUUUUAUCAUUAGGCACUGGUAUUGCAACAUUUGCUGUGCAGAUCCCUUAUUAAUUAAGGAAGUACAGUUCCUGCCCAUUUUACAGACAGGAACUGAGGCAUGGAGGGAAAGACCACUUGCCUGAGGUGAUGUAAGAGCUCUGGCAGAGCAGGAAAUAGAAAAGAGUUGGACAAACAUCCAGGGGAACUGUGAUUUGUUUCUACACCACAUAUGACUUCUUCGUCCUGUUUCCAAAAUGAUACUAACUGCUGCUUACACAGUUUCAAAAAGUACUGUACCUUAUGGUGCUCAGAGUAAGGGUAGCGAAGACCAUUGAGCUAGAACAGCAUGUUCUUUUAAACAGUGUCAAAAAUUGAUUCUCAUGUGCAAGAGCUAGCUAUAGCUCCUGGUAUUGUCAUCUUUCUGGUGAGGAAAAAUAAUGCAAUAGAGUAAGAUUGCAAGCACUUACCCUACUAACAUCUAGCAUGUAUGCUGAUCUGUUGUAAUUGUCUAUAAUUUUUAAUGGCUGCGGUGCAAGUAUUUGUGGUUAAACUAUAUAUACUGAAAGUGGUUAGUUUAUCUUUGUACUGUAACUUUUAUUGUGUUACAAUUAUCUUAAAAUCAUAGGAAGAGUCAGACCUUGCUGUUUUAAAUUGCCUUUUAAGGAUAGACCCUUAAGCAAUCCUUUAUAUCAAAGAUGCAUUAUCAGUAUGGAUAAUGUAAUUGAAUUUAAUCUUAAAUGUGGAUUCAAAAAUAUCUUUUUCAUAAAAUGUCAGCAUUACUUACUAAUUUUUCUGCAGAAGCUAGCUCUGUGCUAAUAGCAGAUAUUGUGCAGGUAAGGGAGUUUCAUUGCUUAGUUCUGUGCCAUCCAGAUGGUACAAACUUCUAAAAUGAAUUGAAAAAUUCAUCUUUUGCUUGUAUUCAAGGACUGAGGCACAAAAUGCUAAUGUAAGGGCUCAGAGGGGAAAUACAGUUCUCCUGCAUAUUUGAGAAAAUGUGAAGCCCUUUCAAGAAAAUCUAAUAAACAUAAUAAUCACAGGCUGCUGACACUAAGGAAAAAGCACCUCAUUCGCUCUUUCUUUUAUGCAGCGAUUUACUGGUCCCUACUGAUUUUCAAAUUGGAUCACUGCAGUAAAUUAUCCAUGCCAGUACCUGUGAAAGAAAGCACUGGGAUCCAUAUUUGUUUAGUGCUGUGCUUAAAUCAGCAAGAAUGAUAAAUUUGAUGGUAUGGAAUUGGAAAUACCAAGGGUUUUUCUCAGUGAACGAGCAAGUAUCUCCAUUUGUAAUUUAUUGUGACCCUUUUUCACUGUAUGUGCUUUGUAUGUCAAAUAUUUAUUUCAAAACAAAUUAAAUUGUUUUCUGUAUUGAUACAGCUAUGGUUUUGUUGAUGUUCUUGAAAUCAAAUUGUGUAGUUUUUUUUCUGAAUUUAAAAUAUUACCAAUAUUGCGUUGCAAAACAGCACUUGUUCAAAUCUCCGAGUUUGAGUUACUGACCAACAGCUUUGCAUGUUAAGUGUUCUAGCUGUGUGUAGCAUGUUAUGUUUUUUUGUCUUGGUUUUUUGUGUGUUUAGAAUAGUGCAAGACGCAGUGAGCUACUUUGGUUUCUCAUUUGCUUUUUCUAGAGAAAAAGGAAGAUUAAGCUGUAUAUCAAAACCAAGAAAAGCUCAUCCCUGUCUUAAGUCAUUGGAGCUAUUCUGCUUUACACCUGGCAUAGGUAACACUAAGUCCUGUGAAAAAAUUUACCUAUGUGCUCAGUUUACUACCAUAUUUUCAGUGCAGGUAUUAAUGAAGUCGACUGUACACCUGUGUUUUGGCAGGAGUCCUGUCCCUUUAAUCUUAAAACAGGUUAGUUUGUGACUAUGAUUAUGUCCCACUGCCUUAGUAAAUGCCACUGCUGAACUGAAAAGGAGUCAUAGCUAGCACUUGAUUAUUUGGAAUUUAUAUCAGUAUAAUAAUAAUUUGUUCUGCAGCUAGUAAGCAAAAUUGUAAACCAGUGUUAAUAAUGUGUCCCUAUGUUACCCUCUUCUUGUGGGCUAGGCCUAGCUCAUUUGUGAUGGCAUGUUAAAUAGCUGACUUCUCUUUAACCCUAGUUCCAACCAGAUAGGCUUUAUUCUACCACAGCUGGCUACCACCAUACAGCUGCAGUUUUGUUGAAGCAGUAGUGUGGAUUGCUUUCUGAGGAGCCAUGAAAGACUUGGUUCUUAAAGCAAUGGUUAAUUUGAGUUCAUCUUCCUUUAUCCCGGUUUCCAUGUGCCUGACCAGGAUACCUUGCUUGCGAGGCGAGUGAAGUGUUGCAGCAGUCCAGACUCCUGCCUGGGGUGAGGAAACUGGUUUCCUUAAGAACAAGUGCAGAUCAUGGUAUUUUCAUUUGCUCUGUGUAUUCCUAUGAAUGUUCAUUCAUGCACCUUUGCCAAUGUGAAGAGCUAGAGUGCGUUGGAUGAAGACGGUGCAUCAGUUGGUUGAGGUAUUUCACAGGAAAAUUAAGCUGAAAAUGAGAAAUGGUAAAAGUGCAGGGCUAGAUUAUCUGCAAAGGUUAAAGCAAUGUCAACUAUAGUUUUCACAAAGGUAGAAAUGUAAUAGAAGGAAGAAGAAUGGGGAGAAAAAUAAUGAGAAUGCAGAAUAGUUUAGCUCCGUGACAAAAAAGUAUGGAAAUCCUACUGGGUGCUCUGUUGCUUUCACAAACCCCAAUUCACCAUUCAUGGUUUCGUGCCAUCAGUAUCCUCUGGACAGUACUUAAGUUUUCUAGCUGUAAAUUAUUUCUAACUUAGUCUCUAUUAAAAUACUGUUGGAAUAGCAUGUUUGGAUGCUGCCACAUUACACAAGAGCUGACGGGCUGAUCUUGGUUUACUUAAAAUGGAAAACAGCUGCAGUGGAAUUGUGUUCUUGUCCGUUAUGUUUGAAGCUCCUGUAGUGGAAAAGUAGAGAGAAAAAUACUUACGAUGGUCUA